GUUCUCCCAGGACACCGCGUCCUUACUUACCGUGGUGUGACUGACGCGCGGGAGUAGUGCCGGCUUAGGGAGAGACCCGGCUGUGUCCUGCCUUGGGCUCCAUCGCUCCAACUCCAGCCUGGGACAAUGUACGCAGAAGGGGACGCGCGCGGUCCCGGAGCCGUCGGGGCAGUGCCCUCCUGUGGCGGCUUGGAAGGGGCCGAGUCGCAGCGACCAGUAAAUGCCUGUGCGGGAGCCCCGGGCAACGGGUCCCAGUCGGAGCCUCCGGACCGCGGCUCGGGGAGUCUGGACACCAUGGAGGUGCCGGCUGGGGCGGCGCUGGCAUUGCGGCUGCUGAUCGCCGCGGUGUACCUGACGGUGUGCGCGGUCGGCCUGGUGGGCAACGUGCUGGUGAUGGUGCUGGUCCGCGCUCGCCAAAGACGCCGGCCCUCGGCCUUGAACUGCUUCGUCCUCAACCUGGCGGCCACGGACUUCCAGUUCGUGCUGACCCUGCCCUUCUGGGCGGUGGACACGGCCCGGGACUUCAGCUGGCCCUUCGGGAGCGCCAUGUGCAAGAUUGUGCUGUCGAUGACGGUGCUCAACAUGUACGCCAGCGCCUUCUUCCUCAGCGCCAUGAGCAUCGCGCGCUACUUCACGGUGGCGGGGGCCUUGCGCCGCUACAGCCCCGACGGCCGAGACGCCGCCUGCUGCGGGGCGGCCACCCCGGUCUGGGUGUGUGGCCUGCUUUGGGUCGCCGCCUCCCUGGCCACGAUGCCCACCGCGCUCUUCUCCACGGUGGCCAGCGUGGCGGGCGAGCGGCUCUGUCUGCUCCGCUUCCCCGACGGCAGCUGGGACUGGCUGGCUCUCUACCACGUGCAGAAGAUAACCGUGGCCUUCCUGCUGCCCCUGGCCACCUUGUCCGCCUGCUACCUGCUGCUGGUGCGCUUCCUGCGCCGGCGACCGCGGCCUUGGCUCCGGGGGCCCUCCGGCCCGUCGGGGCCCCCCCCUACCCCCCGGAGGCCCUCGCGAGUGACCCGCUCCGUGACCGUGGUGGUGCUCGCCUUCUUCCUGUGCUGGCUGCCCAAUCACGCCAUCACGCUCUGGGGGGUGCUGGUUAAGUUCAACGCUGUUCCCUGGGACCGGGCCUACUACCUGGUGCACAGCUACCUGUUCCCGGUGACCAUUUGUCUGGCGCACGCCAACAGCUGCCUCAACCCGCUGCUCUACUGCCUGCUGCGCCCGGAGUUUCGGCAGCUGCUGUGGGAGCUGUGCUGCCGCCGCUGCGGUCCCUCGUCCUCCCGCCCAGCCAAGGGCGGGCCCGCGAGUGCUGCGACUGGACCGGCCCAGAGGCGCUGGAGGAGCUCGAGCUGCAGCGAGCCGCCCCCGGGGGGCCGAGUCUGAGUCGGGGAAACCCCGCGGCCGCCUUGGCCGGGACCAGAAGGGAGGAAAGGACCGACAGAUGCUGAGCUCCGGGGAUCAGGACCAAGGAGAGUGGGCAGUGGCUUCCCUGGGGGAAAGUUAGAGCCGGAUCAAGAAAUAGAGCUGAGGUAGCCCAACCCUUUCACUCUGCAGAAAAGCAAAUAGUGACUGGAUGGAAGAAAGGCACUUAAGGACUCACCUUCUAGUAAGUGGCGGAGGCAGGACCUAAAUCCCAGCCUUCUAAGGCCAGGUUCUGCACUCCUUUCCUUCCCCUGCUUCCCUCCACUCCGGGCUGGAGUGGCAGUGUGUGCCUGAGCUAUGUGGAGAUGUCAGCCCUGGAUUGGGCGAAGGGGCAGGGGCUGUGAAGAGAUGGUCUGGACAAUGACGUUUUAUUGACGUGGGGGCACUUCAGAACCCAGGGUCCCAGGGCUCGGUUCACUCAUGACCUACAGUUAUGUCAUCCAGAGGUACAAGGGAGGACGUGCUUAUUCUCUUUUGAAUCGAUUAAGAUUUUUUUCUACUCUGGAAAAUCCCUGCUUUGUUUUUGUGUGGAUCUGGCUGGGAAGUGGAGGCGAGAGCUCAGGGGUUGUAUCCAUUAACUAAGCAUAUUGAUUGCAGGAAAACUUCAAGCAUGAAAAACCUGCCUGAGGGGGAAGGGGGAGGCAAUUUUGAGCCUCAGAUGGGUUCCAAAAUAUUCUGACUGCAUCACCUUAUACGUACAUGACAGAAAGAAAACAACAACAACAACUGCUUCUGAAACCAAAAGGGUAUAAAUGGAAUCACCAUUACCUCUCAUGCUCAUCUCCAGACUGGACAUUUCUUCUUGGUACUAUCAUAUCCUCGAUUUCCUUCUGUGUAUUUUAAAUGGAACCAUUGGAUUGAGGCUCUAGGGCCAAGGACUUCCCCCAGUAGGAAAUGAAGCAUUUGGAACAGUUACAGUAUUCUUUUGAAUCUCUGAAGCAGUAUUUUGCUGGAAAUGGAAUGGCUUUUAAAGGUAUAGCUGUAAAUUGGCUCCUUGUGGUCAAAUCAGAUUAAACAGGCCAUGUAUUUAUUCAACAUUUCCUUCCAGUUUAAUAUUUUAAACUGUAUGCUAUCACUUAAGCUCAUUGUGAUGCAUCUAACAUUACAAAAUACUCCCUAAAUCCCAGAGACUCCUUCCCCCACCCCUUUGUUAUGGCUGUUCAGCCCUGUCUGACU